UGUUCUACUGCAUCUCUCCAGCUAAAGAACAUGCUCUCUGCCUGCAGAUGGCGCUCAGCUGCAAUACAAAUGUCAACAAUGUUUCUAACUCGGGGAAGCCACUGUUUGUGUUCGCCUGUGAGAAUGCAAUGGACUGUGAAGAUCUGUGCAUAAACAUUCUGGAGAAAGGAGCUGAUCCAAAUGCAGUAAAUCAGGUGACACGAUGCUCUGCGCUCAUGGAGGCAUCUAAGGCUGGUGCUGUGAAGCUUGUCAGAGCCAUUUUACAAAAAGGAGGGAAUCCUGACAUGAUUGAUCAGGAAGGACGAUGUGCUACCCACUUUGCCGCAGAAGGAGGUUUCCUUGAGGUUUUACAGGUGCUCUCUGCAUACUCUGCUGACUUGGGUAUCAGCUCGACAAAGGGUAACACACCACUGCACUUCGCUGCUGCUGGUGGCUUUAGUGAGUGCUGUAGAUUCCUGGCCCAAAGAGGAUGUAAUCCUAAACUGAAGAAUCUGGAUGGUCAACUUCCAAGCCAAGUCGCUAAAAGCAAUGGCCACAAAGCUGCCCUGAAGGAGCUCAAGAAAGCAGAGAAAAGGCAUGUGAAGCUAUCUGCGCCCGAUGCCGUAAACCCCAAUGAACUCUGGGCCGUCACCCUUCACGACUGGUCCUGUGAACAUGAGACAACCUUGCGCAAAGCCUUUGAAACUGCUGAGGGACUCGACAAACCUGUUGAAAACGUUUCUGUGGAGAAUUUUGUGUCUUCGCUUCAAGCGCUUCAAGCGCAUCAAGCUCCUGUAAGUAAUGAGAACCUACAAAGGAUCAUCCUGGAACAUGACAAAAAGCGUGAAAGUGUCGUCAACGUAAAUGACUUUUUUAAAGGCCUCAAGUACCUCCAGAAGGCCUUUGUCAUCUCAUCCUACGCUCCGAAGCAGGCUAAGAAGAAAAAGGGUGGCAAGGAAAAGAAGAGUGGCAAAUCUGCCUCAUCAUUGCCCAUAUGCAUAAUGCCACCUGAGCAGAUCUCGAUAAGAGAGGACAGUGGACUACCUUACUACAUGAUCGAGAACUACCAGCCAUUCACUGACACCAACCGUUUCAACCCAGACCGGCCACCAAUUCACCCCAUUGAGAAUGACUCGGCUUGGUAUAUCGAUGAGUCUGAAAAGACCUAUACCAACAUCCAUUACUGUGUGAAGACUGGAGAUCUAGAAUCUCUCAGCCUGGCGUUUACCCAACAAGUGCCUGUUGAUGUCAAGGAUCAGUUCUUUAAGACGCCACUCAUGACAGCGUGCAGCUGUGGCAACUACCAAGUAGCUAAAUUCCUCAUUUUACUGAGGGCUGAUGUCAAUGCAGUUGACCAGUUUAACUGGACGCCCCUCCACCAUGCUUGCCAUGCAGGUCAUGUAGACAUUACCAUCAUGCUGGUGCAAUAUAUUUAA